UUCUUCAUCUUGAAGCUCAGUGCUCAGUCAUCCUCACAGGAAGUCUGUUUGACCUCUGACCUCUGAGCAGUUUUCUGUAGUGUUGAACAGAAACACGUGAGAAACCUUCCAGGCAACGUUUGUCUAACGUUUGUUUUAAAAGACGCGGAACAAGUUUAGUCUUGUUUCACCUUUUCAGUUUCUGUGUGGUGUUCAGUUUCAGCCUCCCCUCCUUCCUCCACUCCUUCCCUCCCUCCCUCCCUCCUUCUCUUCAUCAUAUCAGCCUUUGCGUAACACCUCAGGCUGCAGAGUCGUCAGACCAGUUUGUGGGCAGAGAAACGUGUUGGGAAGUCCUGACAGCCGCAGGUUCAAACUCCAGAAGCUGGAUUAGUUUGAUCAGCUGAGCUCAGCCGUGAGGCCUCUCCACCAUGUUCUCCUCGGCGGUCCCGUACAAAAACCAGCACUACUCUGAGAUCAAGAAGGACUGCAUUGACAACAAAACCCUGUUCGAGGACCCGGAGUUCCCGGCCACCAACGCAUCGCUGUACUUCAGGAAACCGCCUCCUGGACGCGUGGAGUGGAAACGACCACGGGAGAUCAGUGAUGACCCCCAUCUGUUCGUGGAGGGCAUCAGCUCUCACGACCUGAACCAGGGUGUCGUGGGGAACUGCUGGUUUGUUGCCGCUUGCUCGUGUCUUGCCUUGAAGCCGAACCUCUGGAAGAAGGUGAUUCCUCACCACAAAGACCAGGAGUGGGACCCAAAACACCCGGAGAACUACGCUGGGAUCUUCCACUUUCAGUUUUGGGUGUUUGGGGAAUGGGUGGACGUGGUGGUGGACGACCGGCUGCCUACGAUCAACGGAGAACUCAUCUACUGUCACUCCAAAGACAAUAACGAGUUCUGGAGCGCUCUGCUGGAGAAGGCCUACGCCAAGCUCGCUGGCUGCUACGAGUCCCUGGAGGGUGGAAACACCGGAGACGCCGUGGUGGAUUUCAGUGGAGCUGUGUCUGAAACCAUCAGCCUGGAGACAGAAGCUUACUACAAAGACCAGGAGAAACAAGACCACCUGUUUGAGGAUCUCCUGAAGGUCUACGACCGUGGAGGGAUCAUAAGCUGCUCCAUAAAGGCACAGCCUCAUGAAAUUGAGGCAAAGAUGGCCAAUGGGCUGGUCAAAGGCCAUGCAUACUCAGUGACUGCAGUGAAGAGGGUGCGUCUGGGUCAUGGGCUGCUGGCCUACUUCAAGAACGAAACCAUCCCUCUGAUGCGCAUGAGGAACCCAUGGGGCAAGAUGGAGUGGAACGGAGCCUGGAGUGACAGCUCUGAAGAAUGGUCCAAGGUUGGAGACAUGGAGCGAGGAAACCUCGGCAUCACGGUCGAGGAUGAUGGGGAGUUCUGGAUGUCCUUCACAGACUGGUGUAAGUUCUUCACUGAGGCAGAUGUUUGCCGCCUCAUCAACACCUCCGUGAUCAGCGUCCAUAAGACCUGGCACGAGGUGGUCCACUUUGGGAGCUGGACCAAAAAUGCAGAGCCGCUAUUGAACCGCUGCGGUGGCUGUGCUAACCAUAAGCAGACGUUCCUGCAGAACCCGCAGUACAUGUUCGAUGUUACGAAGGAGGUCGACGAGGUCCUGAUCUCUCUGCAACAGAAGGACUUAAAGAUCCACCGAAAAGUCGGUCAAGGAGAAAAUCUGAGCAUCGGCUUCGGCGUCUUCCAGGUGGAGCUUAACAGGAAGUAUAGGAUGCAUGACAUCGUGACCCAGAAGUGCGUGGCCACGUCGACUUACAUCAACGCCCGGGCGGUGUUUAUGAGACGUGAGCUGCCGCUGGGCCGCUACGUCAUCAUCCCCACCACCUUCAAGCCUCUAACGCUGGGGGACUACAUGAUUCGGGUCUUCACUGACGUGGACUCAGACUGCAGGGAGUUGACCGAGGACAAACCAAGAGUCCGAUGCUGGAGCUCGUUCCUCGGAUACCCACAAGUUGUGAGUCACGUCUACGUCCACGAAGCCAAAGGUCUGCAGAACCAGGACAAAACCGGAGGUGCAGACCCGUACGUGAUCAUCUCCUGUGAGGGCCGGUCUGUCAGGUCCACCAUCAGGAAGGACACCUUAGAACCAGAGUUUGCAACCAGUGGCAUUUUCUACAGGAAGAAACCGAGAAAGCCGAUCACAGUCGAGGUUUGGAACAGCAACGCGGUGAAGGACGAGUUCAUGGGUCAGGUGGUUCUGUCGGGCUCGACAAAGGACACAUUUGACCCUCAGACUCUUCAGCUGAGGAAACAGGGACGGCAGCAGGCGGACGAGAUGCCCGGGAACAUCAGCCUGAAGAUCGUCACCUUCACUCAGCUCACCGCCAUCUGACCCCGAGGUCGGCGCUGAACUAUGAACUGAACAUCUUAUGAGUUUACCUGAAACAAGACCUGUUUGGACCUGAUUCUGUCGGAUGUCCUCGGUCCCUCUGAGCAGAAUUUUAAGUUUAACUGAUGAAUUAUUUUACAGUGUCAUUUUUAUAAAAAUCUUUCUUUGUAACCUAUAAAAUAUUUUUCUACGUUUCUCACACAGAUAUCAGCCGUCGUUACAUCCUUCAUGUAUCAUCAUUACAAUCUGAAUUAAAGAACCUUGUCGUCA